AGGUGGAGGUAAAGCUUGGAAAUGUUUGGUGCUGUGUUUCUUUGCUUGAGCUGGCUAAUGGUCCAGUUCACAGACGGGGAACUGGAUUACACCUCUCACGGACAGGGGAUGCAGCUGCAGGGUGACUUCUCCAUCGCUGGGCUGUUCCCUCUACAUUACACAGAUGAACCAAGUGCUGGUUUACCUGCUCUGGGUCCAUGUGAUGAAGGUAGAACCAACGGACAUGGCUUUCACCUGAUGCAAGCCAUGAGAUUUGCUGUGGAAGAAAUCAACAACAGUAGCGGACCACGGCCUCUUUUACCAGGAGUGAAGCUGGGCUACCAGAUGUACGACAUCUGUUCAGUGUCAGCUAGUAUCCUGGCCACACUGGACUUGCUGGAGCAGCAGAGCCACAGCCCCCCUACGCUUGAGAGAAAAGGGGACACGGACCCAGACUAUGACAACAGUCAAAGAGCAGUGGCUGUGGUUGGGCCAGACAGCAGCAGCAAGUCUUUCACCCCUGCUGCAUUACUGGGGGCCUAUCUCAUACCACAAAUCUCUUAUGAGGCAUCAAAUGAAGAGCUCAGCAACAAGUUCCAGUAUCCAGCCUUUUUUCGCACAAUUCCUAGCGACAAGAACCAGAUUGCAGCUAUAAUCCAGCUUUUAGUUCAUUUCAAAUGGACAUGGAUCGCUCUCUUGGGUAGCGACAACUCCUAUGGCCUUCAGGGCAUGCAGAGUUUUUCCAAAGAAGCACCACAGCACGGCAUCUGCAUCGCCUACCAAGGAAUCAUCCCCUCACUCAGAGAUGACACAAUCAAGAUCAUGAGGAACAUGGUGGACAACAUACUGAUGACCAAAGUCAACACCAUCGUAGUCUUCUCCAGCAAGACAAAGCUCAGCGGCUUCUUCCCAUUUGUCGUUGAGCGUAACGUGACAGGUAAGGUGUGGAUUGGAACGGAGGACUGGUCGGUAGCUACUCUUAUAUCAGGGAUACGUGGGAUCCACACCAUCGGCACUGUCCUCGGCAUGUCCGUCAAAUAUGCAGCGAUUUCUGGUUUUGAGGACUUUGAGAGAAAGGUGGUUGAGGCUUCUGUGCAACAGAGCGCCACCCUGCAAGUCUCUAAUGGGACCAUAAGCCCGAGCAAUGACUGUCUGCAGAGCACAGACCUGUACAGCCUCGCCAAGAACAAUUUCUCAUUAGAGAAAUAUGACAUCAUCUCCUCCUUCAAUGUGUAUAAGGCGGUACAAGCCGUGGCUCACGCACUGCACCAAGCUCUUGGCUGUGACUCUGGAAAGUGCCAGAGGAGGAGGGUGUAUCCAUGGGAGCUUCUCUUGUGGCUUAAGCAGGUGCGAUUCUCUCUGGACAACACCUCUGUGUACUUUGACAGGAAUGGUGACCCACCCACAGGAUAUGACAUCGUCUCCUGGGUUUGGAGGGGGACAGACUGGUCUCUCAGAGUGGUGGGCUCCUUCAGCCCAGAUCCCAUUACGCUCAUAGUUGAUGAUGAUAAAAUUGAGUGGCACGGUGACACAGAACAUUCAAGAUCAGUGCCGUUGUCCAUCUGCUCUCCGCCCUGCCCGCCGGGCCACAAGAAGCUGCUGACAGGGCAGCACAUCUGCUGCUUUUACUGCCAAGCUUGUCCUGCUGCCACGUUCCUCAAUAUAAGUGAGCCCACUACGUGCCAGCUGUGUCUGCCGGAGCAGUGGGCUCCCCCGAAAAGCGAGCAGUGUCUAAAUAGGACUGUCCUGCUGCUCGCCUGGGACGCCCCCCUCUCCAUUGCCCUGCUCCUCUUUCUGGCCACCUGUCUUCUCAUGACCUCCAGCUCUGCAGUAAUCCUCCUGCUCAACCUGAACACGCCUGUGGCCAAGUCCGCCGGAGGCCGCACCUGCCUCCUGAUGCUGGCAGCCCUAACUGCCGCUGCCAUGAGCUCUUUGUGCCAUUUUGGCCGGCCGUCUCCUCUGGCCUGUAUCCUCAUGCAGCCUCUAUUCAUCUUCAGCGUCACUGUGUGCUUGGCCUGCAUCACUGUGCGCUCCUUCCAGGUUGUCUGCAUUUUUAAAUUUGCAUCCAAGCUGCCACCAGCUUAUGACAAAUGGGCAAAAAAUCAUGGGCCAGAGUUUACCAUUUUCUUGGUGUCUGUCACCAUCUUGCUCAUUUCUGUGCUCCGUGUGGCCCUCAAUGCUCCCAAGCCGUCCCAGGAUCUUAACUUCUACGAGGACAGAAUUGUCCUGGAGUGCAGUAACACCCUCUCACCUGGCUCAGGUCUUGAGCUAGCUUACGUCUCCCUGCUCAGCGUCCUCUGCUUCUCUUUCAGCUACAUGGGAAAAGACCUGCCAGCAAACUACAAUGAGGCUAAGUGUGUCACUUUCAGCCUUAUGGUGUACAUGAUCUCCUGGAUGAGUUUCUUCACUCUAUAUCUCAUCAGCAGAGACGAGUUCACCAUGGCAGCGUACGUGUUUGCCAUACUCUUUAGCGUACUGGCCUUCUUCGGGGGCUACUUCCUGCCCAAAAUCUAUAUCAUCGUCCUGAAGCCACAAAUGAACACGACUGCCCAUUUCCAGAACUGCAUUCAAAUGUACACCAUGAGCAAACAGUGAAGCCUAUAAUGAUUUUAUCUGAGGAAAAGUAGAAGACAAGUAACUACAAACGAUGUGUGUUAAAUAACAUUUCACUUAUAUUUAUCUCACA